AGAAUAGGAUAAUCGUGGCAGAGGAUCUGUGUCGCUGCGGGAGAUUACCUGACACAGAUACAUCAGGAAAAUGCUCACAAAGCCAUCAUCACAGAUAUUUUCAUCUCUCCUUCUAACACAUGGCCGUCAAACUUUAAUGUCCGAGGUGAUAUGAGAACAGGAGAGUCCGGCCAUGCAGCUGAACGAGACUGGAGUUCAAACACUGGCUCCAGAGCCACGUGAGCAGCAGAUACUACAGGAGGACAACACCGGAAACUGUAGCAGCGGCUCCACCAGCAACCUGUCGCUGCACUGCUGGCUGCAGCUCCUCACCAGGGAAUCCAUCAUGGAUUUUCAAGGAGACGGCUCCAGUCUGGUGGUGCGUGUGAUGAUAGCUUGUGUCUACUCCAUAGUCUGUGCACUCGGGCUGGUAGGCAACUCGCUGGCUCUGUAUCUGCUGCACUCGCGGUACAAGCAGAAGCAAUCGUCCAUCAACUGCUUUGUGAUGGGGCUGGCCGUCACAGACCUCCAGUUUGUUCUGACUUUACCUUUCUGGGCGGUGGACACAGCCCUGGACUUCCGUUGGCCAUUUGGCCGUGUGAUGUGCAAAAUCGUCAGCUCCGUCACCACCAUGAACAUGUACGCCAGUGUAUUCUUCCUCACCGCUAUGAGCGUGGCACGUUAUUACUCGAUUUCCUCCGCACUGAAGAUGCACAGCCGGCGGGCGGCGGCCACUAGAGCCAAGUGGACGUGCCUGGGCAUCUGGGCUGUGUCUCUGCUGGCCACUUUGCCCCACGCUAUCUACUCCACCAGCUUCCAGGUGUCGGAUGAGGAGCUUUGCCUGGUGCGCUUCCCAGACUCAGGCAGCUGGGACCCACAGCUUCUUUUGGGUCUCUACCAGCUGCAAAAGGUCCUGCUGGGCUUCCUCAUCCCUCUGAUCAUAAUCACCGUCUGCUACCUGCUGCUGGUGCGCUUCAUCCUCAGCCGACGCAUCGCGGGUGCGGGGGGCCCAGAGGUCGAGCAGGGCCGGCAAAGGCGUCGCUCCAAAGUGACCAAGUCCAUCGUCAUCGUGGUUCUGUCCUUCUUUCUGUGCUGGCUUCCAAAUCAGGCGCUGACGCUGUGGGGAGUGCUCAUAAAGUUCGACCUUGUGCCCUUCAGCAAGGCCUUCUACAAUGUGCAGGCCUACGCCUUCCCGCUGACUGUGUGCUUGGCACACACCAACAGCUGCCUCAACCCCAUGCUCUACUGCUUGAUUCGCACGGAGUUUCGGGCAGGGCUCAAGGAACUUCUCCUCCACGCCACGCCAUCCUUCAGGAGUCUGACUCAUCUGCUGCAUCGCAAGGUCAAAGUGGCCGAUGCGCCGCCUGUUCUCGUGCUGGUCCAAAUGGAUGUCGGACCUGGAUGUUGAAUGACUAGCUCACAAAGUAAAUAAGUGAAAGCUGCCUAUAGUACUAUUGAUCUAAAGUUGUUUGCCAUGACGGUGCAUCCAUCUCAACCUUGUCAACACAAAUGUUUUUGGUCUUUGAAAACAACAUAAUGAUAAUGGACUACCCAGUGGGAUGUGGCCCACUUUCAUUGCGUGCUCCUGAGAUUCCCCCAGCAAAUAUCUUUUACUUGUUAUACAACGACUCUUUCUCUCUCUGUCCGUCUCUCUCUCUCUCUCUCUCUCUCUCUCUCUCUCUCUCUGUACGUCUCUCUCUCUCUCUCUCUCUCUCUCCCUCUCUCUCUCCCUCUGCCUCUGACAGACAAUAUGUUUGCUGCUCUCUGGCAAUCUGUCAUGUGUAUAGAUGUCACUCAUGGGAUUUAAAUAGUUGCAGCACUCAGAUGGUUUGACUGUGAUGAGCUCAACCUCAAUUAACAUUUGCCACAGCAUCGGCAUCGCGAGUGGGAUCAACCAUCCGUGACACUCACAAUGCAUGAGAACUUCACUGAUCAAACUUUCUGACUGAAUGGAUGAGGGGUUUACUCGGAGAAAACAAGAAUAGAUCGUGACCAAUAUGUUUCAAAGGAGGAUGGAGGAUAUGAGUAUAAGAGGGGGUUUCCCAGUGCGUCGGCCAGUUACCGUGUUUGUAUUUGUUCUAUGUUGCACUUGUUUACGUCGUUUCAGUAAAAGCAAACUGGGAAAAUAAAACCCAACGAGCGCUGAAAUCAACCUGUUGUUUUUCAAGGUUAGACAAUAUGACAAUAUAACACGUCGAAGGGUUCAGUAGAACAAAUGUGUGGUUUGUGAGAUGAAUGUUGUUCUCGAGGGAACCCGAGAAUCACGAAUUAAGGGGAUUCAAAUUAGAUUCAUACUCCUGUGCAACACAUCUAGUUGCACAUGAGCUGAACACAUAUAUAUAUAUAUAUAUGCACACAAAUAGAAAUGUUUAUGCUCACUAUUACGCACACAUGCAGAAUAUAUCUGGGUGCAGUUUUCUCAUAGCGGUAGAUGUGUCAGAUUGAGCAACAUAAUGAAUCAUUUAGAAUUCACAUUACAGCUGCAGGUGUAUGGCUUUUGCAGAAUAUUCAAAUCAGGCUAUUUACACAAACAUUGCGUUUCUCCAUGGACAGUUCAUUAAUGUCAACACCAGCCGUUUCUUCUCUGUUAAAUGACAUGUUGAAGGAGCACGUAACUGAGUAGACUGACAUGAUGAUGUGAUCUUCUGUGAAUGUGAUGGCUCUCUGUAUUCUGUCAUAAUCAUGAUAUUUUAUAUGACACGUUUGUGGAUUUGCUGUUUCAAUGGAAUGUUUCAAUGACGUAAUGAAUAAACUAA